CUGGAGGAUCCUUCAUUCGUACCGAUUUCCGUAUUUGUUGACGACAAUUUGGUAAUUUUUCUACAGUAACUGUUAUCGAAGCCGUUUAUUUUGGUCCCCAGAUAUAGAAUACGGUUACCAGAUUAUUUCUGACUGCCUGUCAGUGAAACACUUGGUCGAAUUAUGUAUCACCGUGAAGAUCUGUACAGUAACCGUUCCAGUUCUCAAAAUACAAACUGGGCAUCCAGUCCACCUGGAAGUGUUCUCGGCAAUGAAGGAUCCAACUCACCAAACAGUUUACGUCAGCAAAAACUUGAGAAACAACGUGCCUUACUCGAUAAGCGGCGACGUGAACGAACAAGCCAGCCUGGUAUGGUUCUACCGAAUGAUAAUGAUAGAGUCGGUUCCGGUGGCAAGUCAAGACGUCAUCGACAGGAAGAAGCCCGUCCAUUAGUUGAUUACAAACCAACAAGUGUCUACCAUCAGGGGGAUGAGUUUGAGGGUUAUGAUGGUCCAGCAUCUGUAUUCAACACAAGUAGUGGAGGCAGCGGUGGUAGUACAACAGUACAAGUAUUAUCAGUAUUAGGAGUGCCACCAGAUGAUGAUGAACCUACCAUUAAAACAACCACAGAAACUGAAAGGAUAUUAGCAGCGAAAGGCAUCUCAACCAGCGUAUGUUACGAUGAGAAUGAUGACGAUGAGACAAUACCAAUGACAGCGCCUGUUGGUGCUAUGUCACCUCCCUCAUACAACACAGUCACAGGGCAACAGCAACAAACAUCACGACAGAAAAUGAAUGAAUCACCAACUGGUGGUGCUUCAAAUGCACUAGACAUAGAAGACCUAGAUGAGUUUGUGAUGAGACCAGCACCACAAGGAGUGUCCAUCAAAUGUAGAAUUACAAGAGAUAAAAAAGGAAUGGACAGGGGGAUGUUCCCUACAUACUAUCUUCAUAUGGAAAGAGACGAUGGGAAAAAGGUAUUUUUACUUGCUGGAAGGAAGCGCAAGAAAAGUAAAACAGCUAACUAUUUGAUAUCUACUGAUGCAACUAAUCUGUCCAGGGGUGGGGAAGCUUUUGUUGGAAAGCUUAGGUCAAAUUUUCUUGGUACUCAUUUCACAAUAUUUGAUAACGGUAUUAGUCCGAGCAAGCCUGGUGCUCUUUCUGAUGGUUCCAAUUUAAGGCAAGAAAUAGCAGCUGUCGUUUACGAUACCAACGUUCUUGGUUUCAAAGGUCCACGGAAAAUGACUGUAGUUAUACCGGGAAUGAAUUUGGAUCACGACAGAGUUCCUGUGAAACCAAGAAAUGAUCGUGAAAGUCUCGUUGAAAGGUGGAAGACGAAACAAAUGGAAAAUCUACUAGAGUUACACAAUAAAACGCCAGUUUGGAAUGAUGACACUCAAUCAUACGUGUUAAAUUUCCAUGGCAGAGUUACUCAAGCAUCAGUGAAAAAUUUCCAGAUUGUGCAUGAUAAUGAUGUGGAUUACAUCGUUAUGCAGUUUGGACGUGUAGCUGAAGAUGUAUUUACUAUGGACUAUAACUAUCCUAUGUGCGCUGUGCAGGCGUUUGGUGUGGCUCUUAGUAGCUUUGACAGCAAGUUAGCGUGUGAAUAAUCCAAAUAUGGUAAAACAUCAGUAUUUCAGCAAUAUUUAAUAUUGAUAUUACUAUUACCAUGGUUUUGUCAGCAGGCCUCAAUUCUGAGUUUAUGACAGUAAUCUCCUUGUGUGUCCUGUGAGGGCGCUUGGUUAAAUUUUUAUAAUUCAAACAAAUCAUGUUCAUUUGAUCUUUGUAACAUCUGUGUACGUGGUAAACUGAGUAAAAGGUUGGAAUACUUGAAGUUGCACUCUUAGAAGAUGAUUACCAAUUUAUCCUAAUUGGGGACAAGUAUUUCAUUUUUUGUCAUACAAAUAUGAGAGAAUGAGUUUUUACUUACAAACAUUUCGGUCGAUAAUUAUAUCCAUUCAUUCAUUCAGUUGGAAAAUCAUUUUCUACAGGAGUCUGUAAUUAAAACAGCAGUCAUCACUUAAACUAUGUUCAGUCAUGUUCAAUUAUUUACACCACGGUUAGUGCUCUAGAACUGCAUUACAACAUAUCCUCGGGGGCGGACAUCCGGGUAUUUUCAUCGCCUGGCAACCCGCGGCGGUGAAAACAAAGGCCCAAAACUCGCAUAAAACGGUACUUUGGGAUGAUUGUUGAGACUCCUCUGAACAGUGCAACAAAAUUAGCCCUACGUGUGUAACAUAUAUAAAUUUGGUUGUUCGCGAUUACUUUAAAGUUGAGUUUGUGUUGUUUUCUGGAAUUUUC